AUUGAAGGCCAGGAUCUGUUAAUUUCAUGGAUUCCCCCGAACAACUGCCAAAAUCAGUAUUAUAUAGUUUUCACUCUCAUCGAAGAAGAUGAGUUUCUCUCUCUCUUUUUCUUGUUUUCUUGAACUAAAAAGCUUGAACAUUCAGCUUUGAAAGGAAAGGAAAACAGAGCUGCCGUAUCCAACACAGCUGAUAAUGGAAUCAUCUUCUUUAGAAGCAGUUAACUUUGGAAGAUCUAUAAUAGUACCUAGUGUUCAAAACCUGGUAGAAAAAGAGUCCCUUGUUAAGAUCCCACCUCGGUAUGCAAGAUCCGAGCAGGAUUGCCCAAUUAUUUCCAGUGAUGGGUCGUUGACUUCAUCAGUUCCGGUCAUCGAUCUUCAAAAAUUGGUUGCUGGAGAUUCUAUAGAUUCCGAAUCGAAAAGAUUGGAUGCUGCCUGCCGAGAAUGGGGAUUUUUCCAGAUUGUAAACCAUGGAGUCGACACUAAUUUGUUGGAGGACUUCAAGUUAGAAACUAAGAAUUUCUUUAAACUUCCUUAUGAAGAGAAGAAGAAGCUGUGGCAGCAACCAGACAAUCAUGAAGGUUUCGGGCAGCUCUUUGUAGUAUCAGAAGAGCAAAAACUAGACUGGUCAGACAUGUUUUAUGUUACCACUCUUCCUCAACAUCUAAGAAAAGUUGACCUCUUUGACAAACUCCCUCUAAGCCUCAGUUUUAUGUGCAGGGAGAGUUUGGAGACUUAUGGUAGUGAAAUGAGAAAAUUAGCCAUGGCAAUAUUAUGUCACAUGGCAAAAGCUCUAAAGAUGGAUGUUGAGGAAAUGAAAGAAUUAUUCAGUGAUGGUGUUCAAUCAAUGAGAAUGAAUUACUAUCCGCCAUGUCCUGAACCAGAAAAGGCUAUUGGUUUCACUCCUCAUUCUGAUGCUGAUGCUUUAACAAUUUUGCUUCAGCUUAAUGAAACAGAAGGAUUACAAAUUCGAAAAGACGGGAAAUGGAUUCCUGUUAAACCACUUCCUAAUGCUUUUGUUGUCAACAUUGGAGACAUUAUGCAGAUUGUGAGUAAUUGUGUUUACCGGAGCAUUGAGCACAGGGCAACAGUAAAUUCAGCAAAGGAGAGGCUCUCUGUUGCAACAUUUUAUAGUUCAAAGCUGGACUCUGUUUUAGGCCCUGCAACCAGUCUCAUUGGUCCACAUAAUCCAGCAGUGUUUCGACAAGUACCAGUGGAGAAGUAUUUUAAGGAAUUUUUUGCUCGAAAAUUGAAUGGCAAGUCAUAUCUUGACUUCAUGAGGAUACAAGGUCAAUAAAUAUGUAUUCAUAAUAUGAAAAGAAGUUGAAUUUUUAGCUGUUGUUGUUGCAUUCAUACUAUGUGGAAUUAAUUAUAAAUAGGGACUAAAGGAUUACAGAAGGAUUGUUUUUCAAUGAGGCAGUCCAAUUGCCUGA